AUGAAGUUCAUUGUUGUGGCAAAUCAAGGGGCCUCUAUGUUCUUUCUUGUAUUCUUUAUAGCUCUUGUUUUUCAGACCCAUGGAAGCAAGACCGAUUAUAGGAGCAGCAAGCAAGUUGCUUUAUUCAUUUUUGGUGAUUCAUUCUUAGAUGCAGGCAAUAACAAUUACAUCAACACUACAACCUAUGACCAAGCAAAUUUCUGGCCUUAUGGAGAAACCUACUUCAAGUUUCCGACCGGGAGAUUCUCUGAUGGCCGGUUGGUACCAGAUUUUAUGGCUGAAUAUGCAAACCUUCCAUUGAUUCCACCAUUUCUACAACCUGGCAAUACCCAAUACUAUAGUGGUGUGAAUUUUGCCUCUGGUGGAGCAGGUGCUCUUGUUGAAACUUUUGAAGGGUCGGUAAUACCCCUCAAAACGCAAGCAAGAAACUUCAAGAAAGUAGCAACUUUGUUGAGGCACAAGUUAGGAAGUUCUGACGCUAAAACAUUGUUAUCAAGCGCUGUCUACAUGUUUUGCAUCGGAUCUAAUGAUUACUUUGUUCCCUUCUUGACACAUUCUGAUGUUCUUAAGUCUUACUCUCAUUCUGAAUAUGUUGGCAUGGUUAUUGGUAACUUGACUUCCAUCAUCGAGGAAGUAUAUAAGAGAGGGGCUAGAAAAUUUGAGUUCAUGAACUUGCCACCCUUGGGUUGUCUUCCAGGCACCAGAAUAAUUGAGUCGGAAGGAAAUGGAAGUUGCUUACAAGAACUUUCAUCCCUUGCAAGUUUACAUAAUCAAGCUCUAUCUGUAGUUCUCUUACAAUUGGAGAAGCAGCUAAAGGGCUUUAAAUUUUCUCUCUAUGAUUUCCACACUGAUGUCACUGAAAUGAUCAACCAUCCCUUGAAAUAUGGAUUGAAGGAGGGAAAAUCAGCAUGUUGUGGAAGUGGGCCACUUAGAGGAGAGUACAACUGUGGGGGAAAAAGAGGGGAGAAGCAAUUUGAAUUAUGUGACAAACCCAAUGAACAUUUAUUUUGGGAUUCUUACCAUCUUACAGAAAGUGCUUACAAACAAUUGGCAGAUCGGAUGUGGGGUUAUACUAACAACUCUCACACUAUAGGGCCUUACACUAUCAAAGAUCUCUUCCAAGCCCCAUGAUUUGUUUCCUGAUUUAUUACUUUCCCUUUC